CUCUUUUUUGUUAAAUAUCCCUGUCAGCUUUUCAUCUUCUGUACAUUAGAUAACCAUGAUAUAUUUACCUUCAUUAAAGAUACUGAUAAAAAUGGAACAGGGCUAAAAGUAAAGCUUUAAGGGCAGCCAUUCCUCUAGAUCAACGUGGACUUAUUAAUCUCCACUCUUUGGGUGAUUAGCCAGCCAGUUCCAAAUCCCCCUAACUAUAUUAUCCUGUUUAUAGCUCUCCAAUUUGUCCACAAAAACAUGAAAGACUUUGUCAGAUGCCUUAUUGAAAUGUCUAUGGCAUUCUCCUGGUCUACCAGUCUAGAGGGCGGAGAGAGAGAAUGAGAAUGAAGUAAAUUUCCUGUGCCUUUCCAAAUUCAAUUCAGCAAGCACUGGUUGUCUGUCAGGCCCCGCGCUACGUGAUGGGGGACAAAGACAAAACAGUCCUUGCCCUCAAGAAGCUCAAAGUCUACGAGAAGAAAGCAACAUGUAACAAUGUCAGUAAACAGGAAAUGAAUCCAAAAGAAAUGCAAAGUAAUGGUUGGAGUCAGGGGAGAAUUAAGUGACUUGUCCAGGGUCACACAGCUAGUAAAGUGUUAAGUGUCUGAGGCCGGAUUUGAACUCAGGUCCUCCUGAUUUCAGGGCUGGUGCUUUAUCCACUGUGCCACCUAGCUUCCCUGGAAAGGCCUCUUGUAAAGAGAUUGGAUUUGAGCUGGAUUUCAUAAUGAGCAGGGGUUCUAAGUGCACUGGCAAGGGUGGGGGGAGAGUCAGGCAUGGAGGGCAGUCUGUUCAGGGACCCAAGGUAAGAAGAUAGGCAGCUGUAUACAGGUGAGAAGGACAGUUUGGCUGGAACAUAAAGGGUGUGGGGUAGGGAGUUGAGGGAGGGAUUAGAGUAACUAGUCAGUGUGGAAAGAGAGUUUGGAGCCAAUUUAUGAAGGAUUUUAAAUGCCAAAAAAGAGUUUUUAUAUUAUCCUGGGGUAACAAGCCACUGAGGCCUCUUAAGUAGGGAAGUAACGUGGGCAGACUUGUACUUUAGUGUUCUCAGUUUGGCAGAUGUAUGAAAGAUAAAGGGGAGGGAGAUAUUGCAUACAAGGAAACCAGUUAGGAUGGUAUUUCUGUAAGGACCAGAUUUAAUAUGGGGAGAGUUAAUUGGGUGGCUCGCCAUAAUAUUGGGGUUCAGAAAUAAUGAGGGACCUCUAGGUCCAAAGCUACCUCCUCUGAAUGGCCUGUUUAGUUAUUUCUCCCAGGCCAGUAAGAACGGAGCUUAACAGCCUCUUUUCCACAAACAAAUCCGGUUUUAUUCAAAAUCAAGGCCAAGGGAGGGGCCAGGUAAAUACUUCCAGCACAGUAUGGGAGAGGUUGGUGAGGGUUUUUUUGGCUCCAGGCAGCAGCGAUGGCGUUGGAGACGGUUCCCAAGGAUUUGCGGCAUCUGGGAGCUUGUCUUCUCUGUUCCUUGGUCAACACUAUAGACCAAUUUGGGUAUGAUGGCUGUGAUAACUGCAACUCAUAUCUACAGAUGAAAGGUAACCAAGAGAUGGUAUAUGACUGUACAAGUUCUUCUUUUGAUGGAAUCAUUGCAAUGAUGAGUCCAGAAGACACCUGGGUUUCUAAAUGGCAGCGAGUCAGUACCUUCAAGCCUGGAGUUUAUGCAGUGUCUGUCACUGGCCACUUGCUUCAAGGAAUUGUUCGGGAGCUGAAGAGCUGAGGCAUGGUCUACAGAUCCAGAGACACAGCAAUAAAGACUUAGUGAGCCACGAGGGCAACCCACCCCCUCUGCUCUUGACCCCUAUCCCUGAUGAGUUUUUUGCCUGGAGAACUGAUAGAAUACUACUCGCAUUCCUGCCUACCUUCCAUCCUCCAGCCUUUGCCGGAUGUCAAGAGCAAUAAUGACUGACUGCAGGGACAUUGGAUUCUGGGUUGUUGGAGGAGGGUUGGAUUGUUAAGAUUAUGGAUAUGUUGAGGCAGGAUGCUGUUUAUCCCAUCAUGAGCACUAGACUGUUGGGUUGUGUGUGAGUCAGAGGAUAAUAAUAAAUGUGAACUAUUUCAGUCAGAAAAAAAAAAA